AGCAAGACUAAUUAUCUCGAAGCCGUACCAUACCUCACAGCCGUUUUUCAAGAAUCUUUGAGGGGUGCCCACGGAGUCGCAGGCCGCCUCGUACGAAUUGCACCAGACGAGGAUAUUGACUACCACGGUCAAAAGAUUCCUAGCGGAAUGACCUUUUCAGUGACGCAAUACAUCCACAACGUGAAUCCCGGGAUCUUUCCCGAGCCGCACAAAUUCAUCCCUGAUCGCUACCUUGGGCCCAAUGAAGCUGAAACGCUUCGGUAUCUCGCACCGUAUGGAAGAGGCCCGGGAAUGUGUUUCGGACUCAACCUGGCUUGGCCGGAGAUGUACUUGACAAUCACUGCGGUGAUUGGAAGCCUGGACUUGCAGCUCUAUGACACCUGCAGCUCUAUGACACCACUGACCGGGACGUGA